AUCUUUACGGAAAACUUUUUAAUGUUACCUUUACGUUUAAAAAAUAUUUUAUUAAAAAUCAUAAAUGGAUCAUUAGUAGAUUUACCAACACCAUCAAAUAUUACAACAAUAUGAAAUUUUGGUUCAUUAUUGGGAUUAUGUUUAGUAACCCAAUUAAUUACAGGUAUUUUUUUAGUUAUACAUUAUACACCUAAUAUUCAAAUAGCAUUUGAUAGAAUUAUCCAUAUUUACCGAGAUAUUAAUAAUGGUUGAAUAAUUAAAAAUUUACAUGCAAAUGGUGCUUCUAUAUUUUUUAUCUGUAUAUAUUUACAUAUUGGACGAGGAAUAUUUUUUGGAUCAUUUAACUUUAAACCUACUUGAAUUACAGGAACAACAAUAUUAUUAUUAACUAUAGCAGCCGCAUUUUUAGGAUAUGUUUUACCUUGAGGACAAAUAUCUUUUUGAGGAGCUACUGUAAUUACUAACCUUCUAUCAGCAAUCCCAUAUUUAGGAGAAUUUUUAGUACAAUGAUUAUGAGGAGGAUUUUCUAUUAAUAAUGCUACACUAACACGAUUUUUUACUCUUCAUUUUAUUAUUCCUUUUAUUAUUGUUAUAAUAACAAUUAUUCAUUUAAUAUUCCUACAUAACACAGGGUCAAGAAACCCUUUAGGAACUAAUAGUGACAUUGAUAAAUUACCAUUUCAACCUUAUUUUCUAUUAAAAGACAUUGUAGGAUUUAUUUUAAUAUACUUUAUCUUAAUUUAUAUUAUUUUAAUAAAUCCUAAUAUAUUAGGAGACCCAGAUAAUUUUACCCCUGCUAAUCCUAUAAUUACACCUCCUCAUAUUAAACCUGAAUGAUAUUUUUUAUUUGCAUAUGCAAUCCUACGAUCUAUCCCUAAUAAAUUAGGGGGUGUAAUUCUUCUUCUAAUAUCUAUUUUAGUAUUAUUAAUUAUACCUUUUUAUAAAAUAAUAAAUUUCAAAGGAUUAAAUUUUUACCCAUUUAGACAAUUUCUAUUUUGAAUAUUUAUUAGAAUUGUAUUAAUACUAACAUGAAUUGGAAUAAGACCUGUAGAAAAUCCAUUUAUUAUUGUUGGACAAAUAUUAACAUUAGUAUACUUCUUUUAUUUUUUAAUUUAUCCUACACUAACAAAAAUGUGAGAUAUUUUAUUAAAUUAAAUUAAACCAACAAA